AUGAGUAAAAAAAAAAUAAAUGAUUCUACAAAAAAUACAUCAAAAUAUCCUUUUAAUGAAGAUAAAUAUCCGGUUGCUAUUCAGCUUUCAUGGCCAUAUUUUUCUACAAAGCAAGUUGCAUCUUUAUCAUCUAGUUCUCGAUCAUCAUCACUAUCUGAGAGUAAAGAAACACAAAUUCGAUUUCAGGCAUGUGGAUGGAUAUAUCUUGUAGGAAAAUCAUUAAAAUUUCCUAUACGCACGAUUGGAACAGCAAUGAUUAUUUAUCACCGAUUUCAUUUAUUUAAUCCUAUCUCAGAAUUUUCAUAUAUUGAUACAGCAGCUACAUGUUUACUUGUAGCAUGUAAAAUAGAAGAUACGCCGAAAAAAAUAAAAGAUAUUCUUAUAGCAGGUUACAAUAUAAAGCAUCCUAAUGGUCCAGAUAUAUCUUUUGAAAGUCAUAUAAUAGAAGAACAAAAAAGACGAAUUAUUGGUUUAGAACGAAUGAUUUUAGAAACGUCUUGUUUUGACUUUCGACGACGUCACCCGCAACCGUAUAUCAUUAAAUUUGCACGACAUUUAAAACUUUCUAAAGAAAUAGCUCGAAAAGCUUGGGAUAUAACUAUUGACUCAUACAAAACAUUUUCUCCUAUUAAAUUUCCUCCUCACUGUAUUGCUUUAAUGGCACUAGUUCUUGCAUCAAUAUUACUAGAACAACCCUUUGAAGAUGCAUACGAAAAACUACUAGUAAAGAAAGAAACACUUGUUGAUGCUUUAUAUGAUAUUCUUGAUUUAUAUAUUCAUCAUCGACAUGUUACUCUCGUAGGACAUGAUACAGACGUUAGCAAAUUUAUGAUCAUUCAAAUUUCUCUCAAUAAAUUUCACAAACCUUCAGGAGUAUCUUUAAAAAAUACAAUUGCUGAUAUAGAAUUUUUAGCCCUUCCAUUUAGAAUAGGCAUUAUAGGUGAUAAAGGAACAGUACGAUUUAUUUUGGAUCAUCAACGCGAAAAAAAAGAAUCAGAAGCAGCUAGAAUCAAGAAUGAAAUAAAAGAAAAAGACUAA